UUCCAGACGCGGGGCUGGGGGUGGGUGCAGCGGGGCCGCGCAGCGAGCAUUUGUCUCGGUGCCCUCGGAACUGCCCCCGCCAUCUGACACGCAGCUGGGGCUGGCGGCCCCGGAGGAGGAAAUGAGGCCCAGAGGACGGAAAUGACUUGCCCAAGGACAUUGCAGAGACAGAGAGAGAGGAGCACUCACUGGCUUUGAUCUACCCGGUGUCUAAGCAUAGCGAAAGCACAAGUCCUUCAAGAUGCCGAUGCCAAAGAAGCACAGGAGAAAAAGCUCCGAAACCAUCCCGGAACCUUCGGAGAAGGUCAAAGAGCAGCUGGCUGAGGCUGAGCUUCGGAAGCUGAAGCAGCAGUUCAGGAAGAUGGUGGAAAGUCGGAAGUCCUUUAACUUCCGUUCCCAGCAGAAGAUCUCGAACCAGCGCAAGGAAAUCAAGGCCCUGCAGGAAGAGCAGGAUGAGAUCACUCUGCUUUUGGGUCUCAUCAAGUCCUCAAAGAACUUGGAUCUGAAUGAGAAAAACUACAUGGAGCUGUGUUUCCUGCUGCAGACCAAGGACGACUAUGAGACCCUGAUUAAAUCAAUGAAAAUGUUGUUGGCAGAACUGGAUGAGAAGAUUGUUCAGAUGGAAAAAAAAAUUACAAACCAAAAACAGAUCUUCGCAAAGAUACAGGAAGCCAAUGACCCCCGGAAACUGCAGAAGCAGAUCCACGCUCUGGAAACCCGUUUGAAUCUUGUCACCGUGCACUUUGACAAGAUGCUGACCACCAAUGCCAAGCUCCGGAAGGAGAUCGAGGACCUGCGGUACGAGAAGGCUGCUUAUGACAACGUGUACCAGCACCUCCAGCGACGCUUGCUGAUGCAGAAGAAAACCAUGAAUAUGGCUAUUGAGCAGUCUUCCCAGGCCUAUGAGCAGAGGCUGGAAGCCAUGGCUCGGAUGGCCGCCAUGAAGGACCGCCAGCAGAAGGACAUUUCUCAGUACAAUCUGGAGAUCCGAGAGCUGGAGCGCACCUAUGCCCAUGAGACCAAGCUCAAGUCUUUCUUGCUUAUCAAGCUGAAUGACCGUCUGGAGUUCGAGGAGCAGGCCAAAAAGGAAGAAGCUCUCAAGAGAAAGAAGCACAGGAAGAAGACCAAGGGUGAGAGUUUUGAGAGCUAUGAGGUGGCCCACCUCCGGCUGCUCAAGCUGACCGAGGAUGGGAACCUAAAUCAGCUUGUCGAGGACUUUCUGGCCAAGGAGGAGAAGAACUUCGCCAGGUUCACAUACGUCACAGAGCUCAACAAUGACAUGGAGAUGAUGCACAAGAAGACCCAGAGAAUCCAGGAUGAGAUCAUCUUCUUGAGAUCCCAGCAGAAAUCAUCCCAUGAUGACAACCGCUCCAUCCUGAGAGAGUUGGAGGAGAAACUGAAGAAGACCACGGAGGAGGCAGACGUGUAUGAAAACAGCUACAACGAAAUCAGCAAGACCUUGGAGUAUCUCAAGACCUCGGUGGAGAAUCUGUUUAAAAAGAUUAAUUGUGAUGCCACUACCAUCCUGGGGCACUUAGGGGAGACAGGGAAAAUCACCGACAACAACCUUCCACAGUACUUUGCCAUCAUCGAAAAGAAGACCAAUGACCUGCUGCUGCUGGAGUCCUACAAGCGGAUCCUGGAAAUGGAAGGGGCAGAAACCGAGACCCAGCCGCCCUUCGUCAACCCCUUCUGGGGCGGCUCGGCCCUCCUUAAGCCUGCAGAACCCAUCAAGGUCAUCCCCCCAGUGUUCGGGGCUGACCCCUUGGGCGAAAGGUUGGAUGAAGUCGAGCAGCCCCUGGACCACAGCAGCCUUCAGCAGCUCGUGUUCAGCAACUACAUCGCAAGAGAGUUUCGAAGCAGGGACUUACAUUCAGAGAGCACACCCGAGAAGGGAGAUGAUCCAAGGCUCAGGAAGAAGUUAACGGGUUGAGACAGACGGGGCUACAUUUGUACCUUAACCAGAGAGAAUAAAUGUUUUCUUCCAUAA